UACUGCAAUGGGUGGUGCAAUAGAAGUAGAAAAACAAGCUCCGAGAAGCUACUCCUGAGAAACGUCCUCAAGGGGUUCUGUGCACACUCCUGGGUCUUCCCAGAGCUUCAAUUUCAAGUCCCAGUGGAUCUGAAGUGGUUCGCUCGUGGUGCGCAGGCGCGGGCUUUCUCCUCGGUACAGCGGCUCCGGAUCUGGGCGGUGUGGUUGUGUGGCUGUGCAGCGGCGGCGGCGGCGGCGGUGCAUCUCUGACACCAUGAGCGGCUUCAGCAGCGAGGAGCGCGCCGCGCCCUUCACCCUCGAGUACCGCGUCUUCCUCAAAAAUGAGAAAGGGCAGUAUAUUUCUCCAUUUCACGAUGUUCCAAUUUAUGCAGACAAGGAUGUGUUCCACAUGGUGGUUGAGGUUCCGCGCUGGUCCAAUGCCAAAAUGGAGAUUGCUACAAAGGACCCUUUAAACCCAAUCAAGCAAGAUGUGAAAAAGGGGAAGCUCCGCUAUGUGGCGAAUCUGUUCCCUUAUAAAGGGUAUAUUUGGAACUACGGCGCCAUCCCUCAGACAUGGGAAGACCCAGGACACAGUGACAAGCACACUGGCUGCUGUGGUGACAACGACCCAAUCGAUGUUUGUGAAAUCGGAAGCAAGGUGUGUGCCAGAGGUGAGAUAAUCAGGGUGAAGGUCCUGGGCAUACUGGCCAUGAUCGACGAGGGCGAGACCGACUGGAAGGUCAUUGCCAUUAAUGUGGACGAUCCGGACGCAGCCAAUUAUAAAGAUAUUUCUGAUGUCGAACGGCUAAAACCCGGCUACUUAGAAGCUACUGUUGAUUGGUUUAGACGGUAUAAGGUUCCUGAUGGAAAACCAGAAAAUGAGUUUGCAUUCAAUGCAGAAUUUAAAGGCAAGGACUUUGCAGUUGACAUUAUUAAAAGCACCCACGAUUAUUGGAAAGCAUUAGUGACUAAGAAAACAGAUGGGAAAGGAAUCAGUUGCAUGAACACCACGGUGUCGGAGAGCCCCUUCAAGUGCGAUCCUGAUGCUGCCAAAGCCAUUGUGGAUGCUUUGCCUCCACCAUGUGAAUCUGCCUGCUCACUGCCGACAGAUGUGGAUAAAUGGUUCCAUCAGCAGAAAAACUGAAGAGCAUCCUCUGGAACACGAACUGAUACGGCCGCAUCCUGUUCACCUGGAAGCAUUAGAUGCAAAAGCUUUUCCAAGCUCUAAAUUUCUGUAGCUCACCGAAUGAAGUAGACUCUGCUGGGACUGGUCCACUAUGUUCAGAAGGUUAGCCAUCUAGACACCUCACAUCUCAACCAAGACAGCUUUUAUUAAACCUUAGCUCUCAAAGCCGUGGGGACAUGGAAGUCAUUUGUGCAUGGAUGUGCGUGUGGACACCUAUUGGAUGUACAUGUUUACUGUGUUAGGAAAUAAAAUUAUUUUACUGAAA